AUGACAACAUCCACACCUCAGCGAUACCCCACUUCCCUAUCCCAAGCCAAUCCCCACCCCAACUCCAACAACUCAGGUCCCUCUCGCACUCGACCCGUCAUCAGAAGCUAUCCAGCACCUUCCAUCGAUUCCUCUAUCGGUUCUCCUCCUUCAUCUUCUUCCUCCUCCGUACCACUUAACGAAUACUCCUCAUUGGCUGAUCUACUCCAACAAGCAGGGUACAAGGAGACGAGGGUAUUCACACCUGAAGCAGAGAAGAUACCACGUAGGAAAGGGAUAAAGAAGACUUUCAACGAACAGGACGAAGAUGAGAUUAACAAUUUAUAUGGGACUUAUGGAUUCACACGUCCCGGUGUGAAUACUCCCAUGGGUCUAGGGUUAGGUAUGGAGAGAAGUCAAAGUGAAGAAGAGAGAAUGAUAAGACAUCAGCAUAUAACUGAACAUGGUCUACCAAUGAAAUCAUCUUCUUCAAUCUUACGUUCUCUAGCUAUUCAAGAUCAAAUCUCUUCUUCUUUACCUAAAGGUCAACAAACUCCCACAGGGACAGGCGAAAACGCAGGCUCAUGGUGGAACGGAUGGGUCAAACCUAAAAUUUCACCUGUGGAUAGUCCCUCGGGCGCAUCGGAUACUUCAGCAAGCGUAGAAGUAGGUUUGGGAUUAGCUAAGAAUGGAGAAGGGGUAAGGAAAGUUAAAUCAACUAUUGGUAUUCGAGAUCGAGAUAGAAGGGCUGGAACAGAUUCGCCACCUCAAGAGCAAAGACCACCACCACCUGAUGCACGUCAACGUGUCAUCUCUUCUCCUACUCGAUUUAUGGGCAAUGCCAAUACCAAUGCGGUUGGGUAUAUCUCUCCAAGAGACAAUGAUGUAUUCACAUCUACUUCGACUUCCCCACCACCUCCUCAAAUGGUUGACGAAGACGAAUACGGUUAUUCACCUUUACCAGAAGAUUACGAAGCGCAGUGUACAGAGGAUGAAGUACUCUAUUCAAUGGGAUUAAACGAUUAUACCUCUAUCUACUCUUUAGGAUCCUCAUCGAAUUCAAAUGCCACAUCGUUAAGAGAUACCGCAUCGAUCAUUUCCAAUGACUCGUUCAGACUUGCCAAUGAGACGUCAUCGACCAUAAGGGAAGAUAGAGUAGUAAGGGAGAUCAACGAGUUUCAGAUGUAUCAUGCUUACGAUAAUGAAAUUGGAAGAAGGAUCUUGAAUGAUACGGUUGAUGUGGAUAGGUAUUUGGAAUUUGAUUCACCAGAUAGUGAAAAUAUCGAAUUACCCAAUCACGAUGACGAAGAAACUCGCAUAGGGAUGGAUCAGGGUGUACCUAGAAUACCACUUCCUAUCACUCCCCAAUCUGCUUCAUCUUCAUCUUCAUAUGCGUGGACCGAGGAACAUGAACAGCAACGACAACCACCUGUAGAAGUCAAGAAGCCCUUGAAGUACGGUGACAGAGCUACCAAGUUGCGCAUAGCCCAUUCUACACCUGCCUUACGACAAACUGCAUUAUCUUCCAACUCGACCUCGGCUGUACCCCUCCCGGAAGGAUGGUUGGGAUCAAUCAAAUCAGCUUUGUUAGGUAAAUCCGCCGAGCCUCCCAUCCCACCUUACCAAAAUGAAGUAUCGAAACCUAGAGGGCCCAUCAAGAUAUCAGAAGCUAAACCUGCUUUACCAACUCUGAUCACUACCUCUCCUGUAAUUUGCGAUUCUCAUUGCAAUGAGGCUGUCGAUCUACCUCCUGUCCCUGCUACCACCAGACCGAAGUUGGUACACCAUACAACGAGCAUAUCGAACUUGGCUAUGAGUCUCAUGAGUAAACCAUCUUUGGCUAAAUUGAGAAGUGCCAUGCUAGGUCAAGGACAAGCUCAGGAGACGAUCCCAAAGGAAGAUGAGGAUAAUUUGGUUUUGUCACCUAGACUGAAUUGGGACGAACAAGGUAAACAAUUCGCUGGAUGGUCACCUUACAAAUCUCGUUCGAGCGAUUCACCAUCACAGUCUCAAGGAUUGUUCGAUGCGGGUAGAGGGGAUAUAGAUUAUUCUAAAUCAUUUUUCUAUAAACCGAUCACACCACCUAAAUCCAGUUCAACCCCAACGACUACCGUCACACCCUCUACUCCCCCUUCGAACACGACAGCGGAUAAAGGAUCAUUAAAUAAGAAAAGAUCAAUCAAAUCGCUCAAAGCUGCCCUCCUCCUUCCUGUGGCACCUUCCCAGCCUCCCGUCCCACCUAUCCCAGACCACCUAAGUCAUCUUGCCACUCCUAGGAAAUUACGGAAUACCACUGGACCACCGAUAUUGGCUAUCCAAAGUCCCGGUGCGUGGGUGCCUAGGGAAUUGGUCUUGGAGGGUGAAGAGUGGGAUGCGAGAGAGGGAGAUUGGGGUAGAGGAAGAGGACGGGCGAGUGGGGUGGGAGGUGGGGGAGGGAAAGUUAGGAGGAGGAAGAGUAAGAAGAUUGUUAGAGACUAG